AUGUCCCUGAUUCUCACUCUCACUCUGCUUCUCUCUGUGCCAUUGGCUCAUGGCGCACCUCGGUUCUACCAUCGCGGCUGGUUGCGGCUGCUGAAGGAAGGGGACAGCUGUGGAGAGUGCAGGCUGGACUUGUGCCCUGCAGCACCCUCUAACUGCCCGGCGGGCGUGGUACUGGACGAGUGUGGAUGCUGUAAGGAGUGUGGGAAUGUGGAGGGGCAGAUCUGUGACCCCGAUGGAAAGCAGCGCUUCUACGGGCGAUGCGGAGAGGGCUUGGAGUGUGGAAAAGACUCCAGCAGGACCCCAGAGCCGCAGUGUAUGUGUCUCUCUAGGGAGACUGUGUGUGGCUCUGACGGCAGGACCUACGAGAACGAGUGCAGGCUCCGGGAGGCCAGCAACGGGGGAGUGGCCAACCUGAGCCUCAAACAACGGGGCCCGUGCUCCACAGUUCCCCUGAUCUCUCGCGCACCUCGAGACUUGCAGAACUACACAGGCAAUGACAUUGUUUUUGGUUGCGAGGUAUCGGCUUACCCCAUGGCUCACGUGGGAUGGAGGAAGAAGGGGAAGGAGACCUUCCUGCCUGGAGAUGAUGCUCACAUCUCAGUUCAGGUACGAGGAGGACCUCAGCGAUAUGGGAUCACCGGCUGGCUGCAGAUUCAAGGUGUCAAGAAGUCUGACGAGGGUGUGUAUACCUGCUACACCCGCAAUGCUUAUGGAGAGGCCUAUGCCUCGGCUAGCCUCCGAGUGAUUGAUCAAGACAUCACAUCCUCAAUGAUGAAAGUGAGGGUUGGCAGCCAGACCUCUAAUUACCUUGAGGAGGAAGAGGAAGAGUUCUUCGAUGAUACAGAGGAGGGGGAGGACGAUGGGGAUUAUGAGUCAGGACAGUACCCCGAAUAA